AUGUCACCUGUUUGGUACAAGCGACCCGAACGGUUUACGUCUCAACGUUAUUUGCGUGUGGUAGCGCUGAGUCGUACGAAUGUAGCAAUUGCUGAUUUUGGUACUGGAGCGGUAGAGUACAUCGACUGGAAUGUCCCGAAAAAUCCGAUCAGUGCGCUACAGGGUGCAUCCGAAAGUCAUCAUGCUGACGAAAUACUGCUCUGUCAUCGAAUAUGCCGUUUCCCGUAUAUUCUGGGUUUUGGUGAUGAUCUGAUCGAAGUACGACUGGCUAUCAAUGGAAAUCUGCUUUGCUCAAUGUACAUGCCUCAUGUUAAAGUGCUUUCAACAAAAAGAGACUAA